AUGGAAGUAGAAUCUGGAGAGCCAACAGCUGCAGCUGCAGCUGCUGCGCCGUCUACCUCCACCGCCGCAGCAACUCUCCCUCCCGACACCACCAGCACCAGCAGCAGCAGCAGCAGCAGCAGUACCAGCAGCAGCAGCAGCAGCAGCAGCAAGGUACCUGACAAGCGGUUCGAAGUGAAGAAGUGGAGUGCUGUGGCUCUAUGGUCGUGGGAUAUUGUCGUUGAUAACUGCGCAAUCUGCCGAAAUCACAUCAUGGACCUCUGCAUCGAAUGCCAGGCUAAUCAAGGCAGUGCAACGUCUGCAGACUGCACGGUUGCCUGGGGCGUUUGCAAGCAUGCUUUUCACUUUCACUGCAUCUCGCGUUGGCUGAAGACGCGGCAGGGGGUGGGGGGUGGAACGGGAGAGCUGAUCGCCGUGGGCCCUAGGAGUCUUUAA